AUGACCACGUCGCUUCGAUACAUUCGGUGUUCAGCUGAUGAGCCUGUCCCCGCCAAGCGCAUGCGUGCUUGGUUUGCCCGUUCAUGGGCAAACGCGAUGCGUCGCCCAUACGAAAUGAGGGGCGCCAGCGGGGGGAGCUGCCUGCAUAGUGACCCCCUCCACCCCCAGAUCGUGGUGACCGUGUGGAAACGAGACCGGGAGCAGCCCGAGGUGCGGGACUGUGGGUACCUGAGCCUGCUGCAGACACGGGCGCCCGCCCAGCUCUUCCGCCAGGAGCAGGGGGCCUUCAAGGCCCAGGUGAGCACCAUGCUGACCGUGCUGCCCCCGCCCGUGGUGAAGUGUCGGCAGCUCAGCGUCUCCGGGAAGUACCUCACCGUGCUCAAGGUACUGAACCGGUCAUCGCUGGAGGAGAUCUCGGUGCGAGAUGUGCGGAUUUUGCCCAACUUCAACGCCAGUUACUUGCCCGUGAUGCCCGACGGCUCUGUGCUGCUCGUCGACAAUGUCUGCCACCACUCCGGGGAGGUGCCAGUUGGGGCCUUCUGCCGGGUGCCAGGGGCCGGCGCCGCCCCCCCCUGCGCACUGCGGGCCCUGGAGGAGCAGAGCUUCCUCUUCCAGCUGCAUGCACCCCAGCAGCCCCCGCCUGAUGCCAAAGAGGGGCUGGAGGUGCCGCUGGUGGCCGUGGUACAGUGGUCGACGCCAAAGCUACCCUUCACCAGCAGCAUCUACACGCACUACCGGUUGCCGAGCAUCCGGCUGGAGCGGCCGCGCUUCGUCAUGACAGCAGCGGUGGAGUCACCUGUGUUGCCGCGGCAACGCUUCACUGUCACCUACACACUGCUCAAUGACCUGCAGGACUUCCUGGCUGUGCGACUUGUCUGGGCCCCUGAGGGCGCAGCCGCAGGUGCAGGGAAGGUGCCGCCCGGAUCAGCGCCCGGCCCAGGAUCAGGACCGGGGCGCCGGGCGGCGCAGGCCGCACUGGACUCGCUUGUCUGCCACACGCCGCUCGCCCGCCUCGGCCACUCACGCAAGGGCAGCGCCCUCACCGGAGGGGGCGGGGUCUGGGAAGUGGGGCCAGCCUGGCUUCUCCCCUUCCACUUGCCAAUCACAGCAUCAGCUGUCCCCUUGGAGUGGGGGCUGGGAGUAUCCCCAGUACUGGGGGAUCCAGGAGGGGAUUAUGGGAAGGCCGUGGGCAGGCUGAAGCUGAGGGUGGGGUCCGAUGGGAAGGCCACAGGGGGACAGUGGCAAGGGGGGGGGACACACAGGAGUGUGACUAACCCCUCUUUCCCCAGGUCGGGCAGCGUCAUGGAGCGCCGCGCCAUCACGCCGCCCGUGGGCUCGCCCGUGGGGCGCCCGCUCUACUUGCCCCCCGACAAGGCCGUGCUGUCGCUGGACAAGAUCGCCAAGCGCGAGUGCAAGGUGCUGGUCGUCGAGCCGGUUAUGUGAGGGCCAAACCCCGGCCCCCAACCCCUUGUGGGCGCACGGCCCAGGGCUGCAGGCCAGAAUUGGGCCCCAGGGCAGGCCCC